UGAUAAUGUUUACAAAAUGGAAGUGCUUUGUUAAAAUGAAUUUUUUUCUUGACAUGAUUAAUUUUGUCAUUUGUUUAAAGAAGUAAAAUAUACAAUUUAAUUAUAUAAUUAAGAGGCUUAAAAAUGGCCUUAGUCCAAACUCAUCACCAAAGUCAAAAAUUGAAAAGUGGCUUACAACAUGAAAGACCAUGUAUUCCACUUGUUACACACAUCAUUACAGAUGAUGACUUAGGCGUUCUGGAGGUAUCAACUUCAAACAUUUUAUAAUUAAUUGCAUUAUUCAUUUUUACGUAAUUGAAAAGCCUGUAAAACUUUCACAUCUUAUAAAUAAUCAACAUUGUAAUUUUAUCAGUCUCUUCUAAAAUUACUAUAUAGUGUAUGGGCAUGCAUCAUGGGAAUGUUGGCUUAAAAAAAUACAAGACUCUGCUUUGCCCGUGAGUAGUUUGAGAUUAUUGUACCAUUACUGAACAGAGAAAAUAUAUUUCAAAUAUAUAAAUAGCUUCCUUUUAUUUUUAUCCUACAUAAGGGCUCCAAGCUCCAACCGAUCAAUUUAAAGAGAGUAAUAAAGCUUCUCACUGAUCUUCAUUCUGUAAGUUAUAUAUGUGAAAUUCAUAAUUUUUUAUUGAUAUGUUAUCACCAAUAUCUUAUUUCUAUAAAUACAAUUUUCUGUGUAUAUAAUAUAAAAAUAUUAAUAAAUAUGGUAGCUUAAGCCGAGCAGUCUUAACUGAGUCAAUCCUAAGCUAGUGGCUAUGCGUACCCGGGUCCUUUUAGACUAAAUCCCAUUCGGAUGUCAUUUGUGGUAGUUUAUUUUAUUUAAACUGAAGAAGUAAGUUUACAACCAUAUAUUCCAUUCAAUUAUCUUUCAUUUGAUGCCUCAUUUUGUCUUACAAACCCAAUAAUAAUAUUUUAAAUAGUUUUUUAAUCCCAAACUCUCACUUCUGGUACCCGGGUGCGAAUAGUCGCAGCCUAUUUCUUUAGUAUGUAGGCGUAUAGAGUGCAUCUUUCUGUUAGAUUUAUAAAGUGCCUAAGUUAGGAAAAAGUGAAAAGACUAAUAAAAAAACUUUUUAUCACAACAAUGUGGUCUUUCUAAUCAGAAAUAUUAAAUUUAGGUACCGGUAGACAUAAUAUGUAAAUUGUAUAUAUGAUAACUAUUAUUUAGGUUUUUAAAUAAUUUUUAAAGAAAAUUUCUCUUUAUAUAAUAAUGAAAUAGAAAUUUUAUCAUGUUUUAACAGGAAAAGCUUUAUGAAAGACAUGUUCAUGCUUUAGCAAAAAUGGCUCGACAUUAUGCUAAAGGAUUUGUAUCCUUUUAUUUUACUUUUAGAUAUAUUUAUUUUAUUCAUUUAUUUAGUGGCAAUUAGUUAGGAAAAGGAGAAAACAGCAUUGAAUUGUCAAUUAGAAAUACUGUAGGAAGCAUGAUUACACAUGAUAGAUAUGCAGUGCAAGCUGGUUGUUUUUCUUGCUUGUUAUUCAAAAUAAAUAAUCUUUAAAAGGACUAUUCCUAGACUUAACUUUUUUCCUUCCUUCAAGCACACUCAUGUGAGUGACAAUCACUAAUUAUUCCCUAAAAGUAAAAGGCAAUAGACUAAUCUCAAUGUUGAGAUGGGGUGUCAGUUAACGAAAAUACCGGUAUCCUAUAAAAAUGUUAGGAUGGCAAAGGUGUUGCCAAGCCAAGAGAGCAUAACAGGUGUUGGCCAUGUGAUGUGUUGUAUCAAAAACCUCUUAUGAGCAUUUUGUGCAUGUCACUCACUUUUCCUGUCUUGCCCCGUAACUUGGCUUAAAAUAAGAACCUACUACAGAAUGAGCGUGUGAGGCAAACUGUUCAAGGUAGGCUCUGUAGGGCAGAUGAAGUCAGAAGACUCAGUAAGCCAUUUUCUUUAAUUAGACAGAUAUUAAUUCUCAAAUCUAUGGUGCCUUGUCAGUGUCAAAUUGUCUUUACAUGUACAUAGUAGAAGUUUCAUCAUUCUUCUCUAAACGAAGAAUGGAGGAACAAUGUAUUUUUUCCAAAGUUGUUACUGUAUUUCCUUGCUCCCAUUUUUUUUAACCAGCUGAAUGUCCUUUGUGAAAAUUGAGCAGGUAGAUUUUCCACCAAAUGCAGUAAGGGGGAACCUACUAGUAAAUUUCUAUGUAUUCAUUCUAUACCAAAGGCAUAACCCCCACCCGACAGAAUAUGCCACUAUUAAUGUAGAAUAUGCCACUAUUAAUGUAAAUCAGAUUCCUUGAUUGAAAUCAGCCAAUGAAAGAUCUGGUCCUGCUGUUUAAAAUUUUAAACAUUUGUGCUGAAAGAGUGGAUACUAAUCCAGUUUAUGAACAACCUAUUUUGGACAUUCUGAAAACCUGUAGCCUUCCAUUUUUAAUGGAAAAAUCAUCAGAUGAGAUAGUUUAUGAACAAAUAGUCGUAGAAUCAAUUUCUCAAUUAGGUGAGUUAUUUUAUUUUCUAUACUCUGAUAUUGUUAUGAAAUUAUUUGGGUUCCUUUUUAUUUUUAGCUGUUUAUUAUUUGCUGAAAUUAAUCUCUACUUAGUCUUCAUCUCUUAAAUCACUAGAUACAAUAUUUAUAUAUAUUCUCUAUUUGUUUUCUUUUUGCUUUAUUGCUAGGCUAUUUGAUGCGGAUCCCAAGUUCCAAUGUGAGAAAUCAAAUAUGCAGCACUUUACUUAGUUUUACCACAGUUAAACCAGUGCAAGAUUUGCAAAGUAUGUUUAAUAUUGAUUACCAGGUAUAUUAGGUAAAGACUUGGUUAAAAUUUUUAGUACUUUAAUUUGAAAAUUAUUAGCAAGAGCUAAUAUUCCAUUGUGUAAAAUCAGUAAUCUAAUGCUGUAAUUAAUGUACAAUAAAUAUUUUAUGUAUAAUAAAAAAAAAAUAAAUAAAUAAAAAUUUAAAUCAGCUUUUUUAGUUUUAUUAACUUAGAAAUAUUGCAUCAGUAUUUAAUUAUGAAUUUUCAUUUGUUUUUCUGCAGAUUUAAAACCUGCCAGUUUAAAAUUUAACAACAGGAUGGUUGAGAUCAGUGACAUUUCAGAAACUUUAGUGAAAGUGAGAUUAUUUUUUUUUAAUAUUACUAUUAGUUAGCAUAUAAACCAAAAAUACAAGAAACAGUUUUAUAACACUUUUUUUUUAUAAGGCAUAAUAAGGAACUUUAAUUUUCAGAGUCCUAAAAUCAGUGUACAAAAUAAAAUUGGUAAUAUGAUGACUGAUUCAACUCAGCAAAUAAAAUUCUAAAAAAAAUUUUAAAAUUAUUCUAUGGCAUAGUGACCAAUAAUAUCAACUCCAUAGAUUUCACUUGUUUGUAUUCAGUUAAUAUUUUCAGGGAUAUCAAGUAUAUAAUCCAUAAUUUCUCAACAGUCUCUGUCUCUUUUGGAAAACGACCUAUCAGUAAAACUGAAAGUACUUGAAAUACUUCAGCAUUUUUCAAAAAAUUCUGGUAAGAAAAAUAAAAUUAUCUUGAUAUCAAAUAUCUAAACAAAUAAUCAAUUCUAAAACCAAGAAAGGUCUUUGGAACAUUAGCUAUAAAAUAUGGUGUACUUGUAUGAUUAAAUUUUGCCAGAGUUAUACUUUUUUCAAUGAAUUAUUUAUUAUCAGCCAAAAAUUGUGAUCAAAUGCUGCAUGUGGAGGGAGCUCGGCGUAUCUGUUCUCGACUGAUGGAUACAGAUCCUAGUGGCCAACUGCUGUUUCGCUCAGUGGAUAUUCUUUGGAAUUUAAUGGAAAAUGGGGAUAAAGCUGUCCUGGCUAAUCAACUGAACAAUCUGGCAUGCAUCAGGUAUACACAGAAUUUUCAACUAAUGAAAUUUAGGAGAUACUUUUCAAUACAUUUGAAAUAUGUUGUGUACACUUUUUGUCACUUUAUGCUUUAUUAAAUAACAAAAAACAAGUCCAUUUUUGCUCAACACUCCUAAAAUAAUUACACAUUGAUGCUUAAAAAAUAUUUAACAAAUGCCAAGAAGAAUAAAAUAUGUAUAAGACUGUUUAUGUGAAUCAAUUAUCUCUCUAUGAGUGAGUUGUAUAUGAAGUAAAAUUGAGAAUUGAAGAUAAAUUUCAUAUAAUUACAUGAAAUGAAGUAAACAAAAUGUUAACAAAUUUUAUUGAAUGAGCCUAUGUGUUUUCAAAAUUUUUAUGGGCUCCUGUGUAUAGCCCUAUCAAGAAAAGUAAACACAUUGCUAAUUAAUGGUUUUUAAAAAUGUACAAGGAAAUAUCUAUAAAAAGAAAAAAUAAUAUUUAAAAAUUAUCUUUCAACAAAUAUGACCUUAUAAUUACCUUGUGUUGCACAAGUGAUUUUUUAGAUGGGACAUGCUGUUGUAAUCAGAGCUAAGCCGGUCCAUAUUUAGUCAACUUGCCCUUGUCUAGUAGCAUAUAUUUUAAAUACCAGUAUUAUAAUUAAUUUUUUUUUAAAAUAAUCCAUCCAUCUCCCUUAACACCUCUGCCCUGGGCAGCUUUGAGUUUGAUGCACCUCCCCAUCAAAAUGCAAAAAAUAAUACACAUUACCUGAGAUCAACCAUUUCAAUUUGCACCAUAACGUCCGUAGGGUCUUCAAUAAUAAGUGCAAAAUUAACCAAAUAGCUCAGCAGUCCUAAGUGUGUAUAAAAAAACUGAUAAAAUUAGGUUUAUUCCUGAUUACUCCUUAAUCAAAAUCAUCAAAGCUUACUUUUUCCUAUUCAGUUUUUUUAUAACCAGAAUAAAGUAUUUUAGCAGUUUUUAUUUGGCUUAUACUAGUAAUAAUGAAAUUAUGCAAAAUUCUUUUUAUGAUCACAAUUUUUAAAUUAAGAAUUUUAUCUUUAUUACUAUUAUAUUUAUAUAGCCAGCUGAGAGAUGCAUUUGUAUACCAGCUGACCCAAGGCUACAGUCAUUUUGAUCGCCAGUUGAGAAAUGAUUUGCUAGUUAUUUCUACUCUUGUAGCUUACCAGUGUCCUAAAGCACCUUUCGUGGAAACAGGUUAUGCCAAAGAGCUCACCCUUUUUGCUACAUUUCAAGAAGGUGAGAAUAACAUCUUAAUAUCACUACAUCCAUUUUCAGUUUAAAUUCUAAAUUAGUCUAAGAAUACUUUGAUUAUUGCAAUGAUUAUCAAACUACCUGAUUGAAAAUAGACAACAUUUUUUUAAAAUAGUCAACAUUUUUGUAAUACAUGUAUCUAUUUUUAAUAUUAAGUCUUAUAAUGCAUAAUUAAUAGCCUAAUAAACCAUAUUCCUUUUACCAGUACCAGAUUUUCUAUUGUAAAUAAUAUGCAAAUAUCGAAACAUAAAGAUCCAAUCAAUACAAUCAAUAAUAUAGAGUAUCGGCUACAGUAACAGUGUACAGUUUUUUGUGUGGUUUUUUUGCUGUUAUAAAUAAGUGCUAACAAUAUCAAUAAAAUAUUACUACUAAAUCAUUACUUGCAUUUCUAUUUUUAGUAAAGUCACACAAUGCUCUGGUAAAACAUCUGAAACUUACGACAAACCAUGAGGACUUUGAACUUCGUAAACUCUUGAUCAACAUUUUAGUAGUUCUUAGUAAUGAUAGAACUGUUACUACUGUGAGUUUAAUCAUAUUUCGAUAGCAUAUUAGAUUAUUGAUCUAUAAUACUAAUAAUAGUCUAUAGUGCAAAUAGUAUCAACUAAUCAAUGGUCAGAUAACUUUCAAAAUUUGGAAAAUAAGCGAUUAGGCAUCUUGGAAAAAAAUCUUACUAUAAGAACAAAUUAUUGUCUUACUUUUUUUUUUCUUUUUAUAUCUUAACAAAAAUAAGAAAAAAAUAAUUGCUACCGGUAUUUGUAAAAUGAAAAUAUUUUAUAUCUUUUUAUUCAACUGAACUAACUGAGUGUCAAAUCGUGCAUUUGAUUUUUAGUCACCUCCAGAUGAGUAACUUUCUGAUUUUUGGUAUAGCUUAGUAGUGCAAUACUGAUCAUUUCUGAGUUUUGAAUUCACCUAGCUGGAAAUGGAUAACUUAGAUUUUUUUUUAUUGUUUUUUUUUUCAAAUUUGAAUCGGUUUUCUGUCACUUUGAUGUUAAAAAAUCCAGUAAAUCAGUAAAUUCUAUCAACAUUAUAUUAUAAGAUGCAUUUUAAAACAUAUAUAUGUAGUUGCGACUCUUUUGCUGAAGCUCAAGAAGAGUGCCAUCCCUGGCCCUGUCGCUGUUCUUUAUAACCGUUAGUACAAGAGAUAGCAAUAGAGACCCCUCCUCUUAACCCCCCCCCCCCACUAAGUGGGUGGCUGCAGAUUUAGCUUGGCUUUUACAUUUCCAACCCACAAUGUUGUGUCAGUUAUACAGUUGUGUCCAUCCAACUGGAUAUUUCUUACCAGCAUCAUCAAAGUUAUACUAUGUUAAAUUUAUAAGAUGUCUCAAGCCAAGGACGUUUCAUAAAUAUACAUUCAAAUGAACAACUUUAUCCAUUUCAGAUCCUCUCUGAAGGCCACCUUUUACUGGCACUGUUCUCAUAUGUUAGAGCCAAUGAAAGGAAGAUUUCCCCUGGAGAACUGAGCCUUGCUCAGUUUGAAGAGUUGCAGCUUCAUGCCAUGGCAUCCUUGAGCACACUUUGCCCUUUGUUGUUAGAAGAUUACAUGACUUGCCAAGGAUCCACACGCCUCCUUCUUCUACUAGAAUGGUGUGUUGGACCAGGUAGGUGCAUCGUAAAGAGAUUAUAUGCAAAAGCCUGAUAUGUUGUACCAGUAACUAAAUUUAAUAAACAUUUAUCUUACUCUACUACUUCAUUAAAAUGUCUGCCGCUUUGCAUACUUUAUAAUUUAUAUAUUAUGAGCAAUUCUGAUCCCAGGUACUGUUGACAGAAACACUUAAAUUCUUGAUUUUUUUUAUCUGGUUUCAAUCACUCAAAAAACAACCUAAAAAUUAUCUGUUUAAAGUGAAUGGAUUAUGUCAAGAUAAAUAUGUACCUCAAAAAGUGUAGAGUUAAUAAUGGAAGUGAUUUUUUUUUCAUAUCCAUAAAAAGUUCUUGUUGAGUAAGUAUAUUGAUGUACCGUAUUUUGAAUUUUUCUCAUCAAGCGCUUUGACUUUGAGCUGCAGUACACAUUUAUUUUUUUUUUUACCUUUCAUUUGUCUAAGUGUAACUCGAGGAUGUACUUGAUAACUCAUUAGUUUUAGCACCAUUUUGAUAUGAAUGAACUAAUGAUUAUCAAUACAAAUAAGACUGCAUAAAAAGUUGUCUUGAUUGUGAAUGUCACUAUGUGUAUUACUUACGGCCAAUGUCAAGCCAGUCCUGAUAUCAAUCAGUUUUUUGCACUAUAGCACCAGUAUUUUAACUAAAAGUAUCUAGAUAGUAAACUGAAAAAUGUGCAGACACUUUAGAUGGUUUUUCUACACAAAUGAAAAAAAGCAUAUAAACUACCUUCAUGGUAUUGUCAAAAUCAACCAUAAAUGGUAUGUCAAAAGCUCUUGUCUUCAGUAACUUUCCAAAAUAUGCUGCAAAAUAUGAAAUGGAAAAAAAUUAUUGAAAUGUUUCUGAUUUCUAGCUUUAUUUUUUUAACAUUUUUUCUAACUGCAAAAAAUAUAGCUUUUUGCACCACAAUCUAGUUAUUUCCCUACACCAAGUUAAGUGAAAAGGAAAAAUAACAUACAGAUUUUUAGGAUCCAAAAGGCUAUCCAUAACAAUCAAGGUAACACAAUAUUUAAUUUUUUUUUUUUAAAUCUGCAGAUGAGUUUGGUGGUCAAGGAAAUAGUUUCCAUGGGACCGGAGGCAGAGGCACCAAAAAGGCUCAGAUGCGACAUUGUCUCCGACUGUUGCGGAGUGUUGUUUCAACUGAUGAUGAAGUUAUCUUGCAGGACUUGACAGAUCAGGGAGCUAUUAACCAGCUCAUUGGUUAGUUUUCUAAAUUAAUUUUCUCUUUUUUAAGUAGGUAAAAUUAUAGAUAAUUUUGUUAAUGUUUAAAAGUGACUCACCUUAUUAGCAAUUUCAUUCAAUUUCAAGCAAAGAGUAUCAGCUGGAUGCUUAGAGUCUUUUUUAAGGUCACAAAAAAUAUCCUGUGAAUGUGUUGAAAGAAAGUUCAGUUAGAUUAUUAAGUAUAAGAUUUAUUUGCUAUUUCCUUAAGCUUGUUGCACCAGAUGUGAGUAUUCUUGGUAUUAUCAGUGUUUUAUUCUUAUGUUGUAUUAAAAUUUUAUUAGCAGCAAUUUAAAACAGCUGCAUUACUUGCUUUAAUUUUUAAUGUUAAAACAUGUUGGAAUCCUGACGCAAUCAUCCAAUAUAUUUUCUGGUAGUAGUUAUGUUUUAAAAUAUGCUAAUGACCUAUGAUGUUAUCAUGUUGUUUGAAUGCAUUGUUAAAUGUGGUAUAUUGAUCUACAGUGGUAUCUUCAGCUUAAAAUUUGAUCAAGCUUCACUAAGUAAAUUUUCCUAUCUAAUUUAAAUUUCAAGAAAUUUGUUGUUUGCUGCUUCUUGAAAAUAACUAAUUAGAAUUUAAUGUGCUAUUUAGAUUUAGAUCCAUUACAAAUUACAUGCUUUUUUUAUUGCUGCUGUGUCCUUUACAUCAGUGGUUCCCAAACUUUUAAGUUUGGCGGACCGGUGAACAAGUUUCAAAAUUUUACUAGGGACCGGUGCAUGAUUUAUUUUUAUCCCGUAAUAUUUCUAUUUAACAAUAAAUAUUUAUGUUAUGGGGACCGGUAGCGUUAGGCAUGCGGACCGGUGAAGGUCCAUGGACCGCCAUUUGGGGACCACUGCUUUACAUCAUCCAAUAUGAAAAUAUUAAUAAGAAAAUUUCAAAUGAAUAACAGUUACUUUAUUUAAUGUAAAAAUAAAGUUAUUUUGGCUUUGAUAGGGGUUUUGAAUACUGCCUUCACUCAAAGAACAGAAGAAUAUGAUGCUGUGGACAUUGAAAUGCAAUCUGACAUCCUCUUUAUUCUCUCUUGUCUGUGUGAAAAUGACAUGCACCGAAAGGUAUUAUUGAUGAAUAUUAAUUACAAGCCAGCCAUUGAGCUAUUUUUAUUCUUAACCUUCUUCCAAGAUUUAUUAUGGAUAGUGUCAAUACUGCAUUUUGUGUUAAUUAGAAAAGGAAUUAUACACAAUGAUGUAACAUAUUUCAGGAACUGUUUGGUGUUCCAGGUGUGGAUAUGGUUAUUAGAUAUCUCCACACUGAUAUUAAACUUCUUAACAGUGGAUUAGGUCAUCAUAAGCUACUUCUGACAUCUAUUGAUUGCACAUGGUGUGUAUAACUGAUAUCUUCAAACUAUGUAGUGAUAUUAAUACCAUUUAAUGUACCGGUAUAGCAAAACUACUUAAAUAAAUUAUCUAUAUUUUAAAUUUAUUUUUAAUUAUUACAUUUUCUUUUUUACUGAAAUACAUCAUCUACACUUUUAUAUCUAUGUUAAUGUUAAUAUAUUGUAUCUGUUAGGUGCUCCAUAGUUGGAUGUUAUAUUACAGAGGAUUAUUUUUUAGAGAAAGAAGGAGUAUUUCUGCUGUUAGAUUUGCUGGAGGUAGGUUUUUAUAUAAACUUUCUGUUUUUAGUUUAGUUUGGGAACAAGUUUUAAACAAAGAGAAAGGGGCCAUGAAGAGCUCAUAAUUAACCCCAAAUAACAUUGCUGUACAAGAGCUGCCAGACGCUCUAAAUGACUACUUUAUUACAAAAGCUAAGAGAACAGGGCGAAACUUGAAAGUUGCAUCGAUACUGCUCCAGAAUUCUCACUCUUCAACGGCUCUCCUAUGGGUGAAUUUUUUGAGGUCAGUGAAUCAAAUGUGAGGAAAAUCCCGGCUAAUACCCCAAGAAAGUCAUGCUCACUCGACUCUCUUCCAGCAGGGCUGUUGUAUGAAUGUCUUGAUGAAAUAGUCCCCAUCAUCACUUGUAUCAUAAAUCAGUCCUUGACAACUGGUAUUGUUCCAUCAUCUUUUAAAGAGGCAAUGGUAACGUCACUGUUAAAGAAAGCAAACCUUGAUCAAAUGUGAUGGUAAAUUAUCGCUCCGUCUCAAACCUACCAUUUUAUCCAUUAAAUACCAUUAAAUCUUAGAAAAAGUCGUUCUCCGCCAACUCCUGGAUCACCUCAUUCAAUGUGACUUGUUUGAACCUUUCCAGUCAGCAUACAGGGUGCAUCACUCUACUGAGACAGCCCUGUUGCACGGCAUAAAUGACCUUCUGUCGUCUUGUGAUGAGGGCCAUGUAUCCAUUUUGUCUUUACUCAAUUUAUCAGCAGCUUUCAAUGCGCUAGACCACGGCAUACUGCUCCAGCGUCUGCAACUGAGAUGGUAUCACUGGUAUAUGACAAAUCGGGUCCAGUCAGUUAUUUCAAACGGCUUGACCUCAAAGCAAUCUAUAAUUGAAUUCGGAGUACCCCAGGGCUCGGUCCUAGGCCCUGUGCUUUUCACUAUGAACGUUCAGCCACUGGGUGCAGUGAUCAAGCAAUUUGACAUGCUGUAUCACAUGUUCACGGAUGAUACACAACUUCAUCAAUCCGUGAUCCCCUCUCAGUUCCCUCAACUUCUUAGUACGACACAGAAGACAGUUGAGUCAGUUAAGCACUGGAUGACCAUAAACAAGCUCAAAUUGAAUGAUGAAAAGACUGAGCUGAUCCGCAUUGCCACCGCUAAGAAACAAAAAUCUGUAAAAAACACAACAUCAUUUACUCUCUCAGGUACACAGAUUGAGUUUGCUCAAACAGUGCGAGACCUGGGUGUCUACUUAGACAGAACGCUUACUAUGGAAAAUCAUAUUAACAUGCUUUGCAAGGCAAUUUUCCUAGAGCUGCGCAGGAUUAGUCACAUCAGACCUUUCUUAACGUUAGACGCAUCAAAGAGGCUUAUGUCUGCAUUUGUUAUCACGCAUGGACUACUGCAAUGCUCUCAUGGUGGGUCUCCCAGCUACGCUCCUGGAUAAAAUUCAAAGAGCACAGAAUAAUGCGGCUCGCAUUGUUCUUCGCAAAUUCAAAUUCGACUAUGCUAAAACACUUCUGAGAGAGCUGCACUGGCUGCAGGUCCAUGCUCGCAUAGAGUACAAAAUUGCAACUUUGUGCUCCUGCUGCUUACAUGACCUGGCGCAGUCCUAUCUCAAACCACUCAUGCCGCCUUAUGUACCCACUAGACAGCUCCGCUCAUCCGAUAGUGGCAAAAUAUCAAUACGUGUGUUCACCUUGAGACUUACGGAAAGCGCACUUUUGCAUUUGUCGGCCAAGCAAUUUGGAGCGCCCUUCCAGUCACUCUCAGAAACAACCAGACACUGGAGUCCUUUUAAACCGAUUUAAAAACACAUCUAUUUCGCAAACACCUUCUGGGGUGAUGCUAUCUACCAUCUUUUUUCAAUUAAUGUAUAUUGGCUUGUGUUGCUUAUGGUUGAAAUGGGAUGAAAGACUUUGACUUGGUAUGCUCGUAUGUAGUUUUAUAUUGUUGCGUCUGUUUUUUAAAAAUGGUAAAUUUUAGAUUAUUUUUUAUUUCUCUUUUUAAUAUGUUUGACUUUGUACCGUGCUUCGAGCUUUUGGGGAUGAAGCGUGUUUUUCAAAUAAACUUUAUUAUUAUUAUUAUUAUUUAUUUCAGGAGAUAUAUUCCUACACAUGCACUUAAACCCACACCUUUCUAAUGCACUGCAAAGGGCUCCACUAUUUUCCUACUCUGUGCAACUCUUGUUAUUUAAUACUUGUUCAUUAAGGAAGGGGGGGGGGGGGGGGGGACACCCCUUUGUCGACAAAACAGCCACACACCUGACUUUUAAGUGCUUAAAUUUACAAGAACUACUGACACAAGAAUCUUGCUCAUAUUAUGGAGGAAACUAAUGAGUUGAUCAUCUUUCGUUACUAAGAUAAGAGGGUUAGAGGUUUAGCAUGGCUUGUCUGCUCUUGAAAAGUUUAUAAGUGAACUAGGCAGUGAACCAAAAAAUAGGCUGGUGAAAAAUAUAUGCAAAUGCAAUAUUGAUGUUCUUAUCAUUGAAGAUAUCCCUGACUUGGAACCUAAAGAUAGUAUAAGCAAUAUGAAAAAUUAUUUUACAAGUGAAAAUGUACAAAGAUGCUAAUUAUAUCAUUUGAUUUGCCAUUUAGUUUAUGUAAACAAGAAUGGAAAACAAAUGUCAAAGUCAUGGUACCGGUAACAUAAACUCUCUAAAAAUAUACAAUUGUUUAUAGGAAGUAUUAAAACUUUGAAAUUUAUUUAAUUGUACCGUAACACAAUGCUGGUAUUUUUUCUUGAUUCACGAAGAUUAGUCAUUAAAGGAAAGCCUGUGAGUAGUAAGUUUAAAAGAUAUUCCCAUUUCACAAACCUGGCUUGUUAUUACUCUAUUACUAUUUCUAUUAGUAUCACAAUUUAAAAUAAAUCUUACAAAUUUUUCUACAAAUAUAACAUAGAGAUAUGGUGCAGCAAUGUGCUUUGCAUUUCCCAACAGUUUUGUUUUUUCUCUUAUUUUAUAUGUCUGGAUGCAAAAAUGUGAAACUUUUCAUGAUGUACCAGUACAUACAAAGGAAUCAUUCAUUAAAUAAAGAAAAUGUGGAACAAAAUUCGAGCAUCUUAUUAUGAGUAAUACAUUUAAAAAUUCAAUUCAAUACUGUAAAAAAAACUAAUAACAAAUACUGAUAAAUCAAAUAAGACUUCCAUUACAGAUUUGCCCAAAAAAUAUGCACAAUGUUAUCCUUGGUUGUCUCCUUGACUUGUGCGAAAACCCCAAAACCAUCAACCAUGUUCUAGCCUGGCGUGGCAAGACUGGCAGUACAGCAUCACAUUUAUUGUGUCAAAUUUGGUGCCAGGAAGAAGCAGCAAUGGGAGUGAAGAGAGAUAACCAAGGAGCAAUAAUGGGUAAGAGAACAUAACAUUAAUAUUAAUAUUGUUUACUCACAGGAUUGUCUUUGAAACAAUUUUCCAAUAUUAAUUUCUUGUUUACCAUCAGAAUUUCCAACUGCUAUUUGUGAAGUCACUGACUUACAUGGUUUUGAGCUAAUAUUUACUUAAUUUAAUUAUCAGUUAGAUUUAAGCAAGCUGAUGUAGCAGGAAAGAGGAAAGAUUAAUGAAAAUGGACAGAGGCUUCUGGAAUUGUGCUGCUCACGAGGCUUGUGUGUGACCAACACUUACUUCAAGUGCAAGGAUAUAUAUCAAGUAUCAUGGAAACACCCUCGAUCCCUCAUCAUCACCAGGCGUGCACAACUAGCUAGCAUCCUACUCACUCGCAGCUAUCACAGUGCCGACUGUGACACGGAUCACUCCCUUGUCGCCAGCAAGGUACGAAUAAUGAGGAAAAACUCGUACCACUCCAAGAAAGAGGGACGUCCACGUAUCAAUACCUUCAGCAUGAAAGACCCUGCGCUAACGCAGCUGUUCACAGACAAGGUGAAGGAAGGUAUCUCAAGGAUGUCCCCAUGCGUCACCAUUGACUCGAAAUGGACGCAUCUCAGAGGCACAAUCUAUACAUCCGCAAUACAGGCCUUUGGCAAAAAAUCUCACAAAAACACGGACUGGUUUGAUGAACAUUGGGACGAGAUGAAACCUGUCACUGAAGCCAAAAGGAAAGCUCUUACGGCUUACAAGGAAAAGCCUACACCCGACAGGUUGCAUGCCUUAAAAACAGCCAAGUCACUUGCCCAAAAGGUUGCACGUAAUUGCGCCAAUACCUACUGGCUUAACCUCUGUUCCAGCAUACAGUCAGCUGCAGAUAUGGGCCAUACAAAAGCAAUGUACGAAAACAUCAAAAAGGCAACUGGCCCCUUGACGUCCAAAGUUGCUCCUCUAAAGUCCAAAAAUGGAGAAAUUAUCCAAGACCGGGCAGCACAGCUAAAACGGUGGGUUGAGCAUUAUCUGGAAUUGUAUUCAACAGUUACCACAGUCUCCAGCACCGCUCUAGAUGACAUACCAGAUAUGCCACUCAUGGAAGAACUCGAUGUCGUGCCCUCACAGGAAGAGCUGAGCAAAGCUAUUGAUAGCCUAGCUUGUGGAAAAGCGCCUGGGGAUGAUGGGAUACCACCAGAGGCUCUAAAGAGUGGUAAGAUAGCUUUACUCCAACCAUUGCACGAGAUUCUGUCCCUCUGCUGGGAACAGGGCUACAUCCCCCAAGACCUAAAGGAUGCAAAUAUAGUGACACUAUAUAAAAACAAAGGUGAUAGGAGUGAUUGCAAUAAUUAUCGCGGCAUUUCACUCCUUAGUAUUGUAGGAAAGGCCUUUGCUCGUGUCAUACUAACACGUUUACAGAGUCUAGCAUCUCAUGUCUAUCCAGAAUCUCAGUGCGGUUUCCGGUCUGGCCGGUCUACCAUAGACAUGGUGUUCUCCAUACGACAGCUCCAGGAAAAAUGCAGAGAGCAGCAGAUGCCACUGUACAUUGCCUUUGUGGACCUUACAAAAGCCUUUGAUUACGUCAGUCGCAACGGGCUAUUCAAAAUACUGGCAAAAAUCGGCUGUCCCCCUCACCUACUUGCCAUCAUCAGAGAGUUCCAUGAAAAUAUGCAGGGUACAGUGCAGUUCGAUGGAGCCAAGUCAGAAGCCUUUCCAGUCAGCAGCGGAGUUAAACAAGGUUGUGUACUCGCACCAACACUGUUCGCAAUAUUCUUCUCUGUACUACUUCGAUACGCAUUCAAGGAUAGCAGUGAGGGAAUCUGGUUACACACCAGAGCUGAUGGAGGACUUUUCAACACUGCCCGCCUCCGAGCCAAGACCAAAACGACAGAUGUCCUAAUUCGCGAGCUACUAUUUGCGGAUGAUGCGGCACUAACAGCACACACAGAAAUUGGUUUGCAACAACUCGUGUCAAGCUUCUCCAAUGCCUGCAAAGAAUUUGGUCUGCAAAUCAGCUUGAAAAAGACAAACAUCAUGGCCCAAGACACUCGACCUCCACCUAACAUAAAAAUCGAUAAUGAAAACUUGGAGGUUGUGGACAGCUUCACCUACUUGGGGUCCAAGGUCUCCAAUACACUGUCCAUUGAAGAAGAAAUUAACAGCAGAAUCGGCAAGGCAGCUGCCACAAUGGCUAAACUAAAUAAACGGGUCUGGCAAAACACCAAGCUAACGGAGAAAACCAAACUGUGCGUCUAUCGAGCUUGUGUCAUCAGUACACUACUAUACGGGAGCGAGACAUGGACCACCUAUACAUCCCAAGAACGCAAGCUUAAUAGCUUCCAUAUGAGAUGCCUGCGUCGCAUCCUUGGUAUUAAAUGGCAAGAAAAAGUGACUAAUAGUGAGGUCCUAAUGCGUGCGAAUACCCAAAGCAUGUUCACAAUCCUUAGUGAAAGACGCCUGAGGUGGCUAGGUCAUGUUAAAAGAAUGAGUCCCGGCCGCAUUCCGAAAGACCUCCUAUAUGGUGAACUUGCUUCGGGAAAGAGGAAAACAGGUCGCCCACGUCUGCGAUUUAAAGAUGUCUGUCAAAGGGACAUGAAAGCAGCCAAAAUACAUACAAGUGACUGGGAGUGUAAGGCAAAAGACCGAUCUAUGUGGCGCACAGUUGUCAAAGAGGGCGUCAUGGUAGCCGAGGAGCGAAGAAUGGAAGAGGCUGCAGACAGAAGAGCUAGAAGAAAGGCCAAAACAUUUAGAAGCACGGAACUCGUGUGUAAAAAAUGUGGUAAAGACUGUCACUCAAGGAUAGGACUGCACAGCCACUCGAGAAAAUGCAACCCAACCAAACGGUGAUGCACCAUCGUCUCACGAGACGGAAGGAUGCCGAUAUUGUAGCACUUAGGCAUUUGACUUUUGCUAGUUAUCUUAACUUGCACCAGAAAACAGUCAUGAUGUGGCAGUUGGCUAAUUAACUUAAGAUGUGCAUAUACUCUUGAUUGUCCAAGGUAAUGGAGAGGAGGCUCUGAGCAGUUAAUCCUAACACAGACAAACAAACAAAAUACUGGAACAUAAUAAUCCUUGCUGAUUCUGCACUCUUCAAAGUUAUCCACAUCUGCACUAAAUGCUAAGAAUAUUGUAAUAAUUUUAACGAGGAAGAUCCCAUAGUACGAAAACUACAAGCUUUGGACAAUCAAGAAGUUUAGAUUUAUUUAAACUAAUGAUGGUAUAUUAUUAAUUAAUGUGAAGUGGAUGAAAAACUAUAUUUUAAAACUUUUAAAAAAAAUAUAAAGAUAAGUACUAAAAAUUGUUCAAAUUUACCUUGCAAUUACAUUAAAUAUAUUUUAUAGACGUUUGUCAACCACUGAUGGGUAGCAUCCAAGCAGAUUUGGGCAUCAUUCCAUUGCCUGCCACAUGUGUCAGUCAAGCCAUUGCAGAUGUUGGAGAAAACAUGAGAGCUAAAGUUUAUUCCUUGUUUUGUAAGAUGGGGUUCAGUGACCUGCCAGGACUUACAGUAGAUGAUCAUGUGACACUUACCAUCAUUGGUAUUAUCAUUUUUCUGUUACGGUACAUUUAUAUAGCUCAUUGAAACACUAUAAGUAUAAGCAAAUUAAAAGGUACCGGUACCGGUAAAGGAAAAAAUUUCUUAAUUUAAAAAGACAUUUUUUAGUGAAAAAAAUUAAUUAAUUACUAUUUUUAGGUUUACAAAUUUUUUAAAUUCAUAUUACCAAAAAGUUCUGUUCCAUUGGGUUUUUUUAUUUUACAAUGAAAUUUAUUCAGAGAAAUACCUGGACUUCAAAAUGGGUGAAGUAUGGUCUGAGAUUAUUGGAGAACUGCAAACAGAAAAUGUACGACCUGUAACCCCUGAUAGGGAAGCUAUUGAAGCCAUCUCCCGAGCCAUUGAGGAAAGGGCUGUUAUAGUAGCAUCAACUCAACAGGAACUCAUUGAAGCACAGAAGAAUCAAGAUGUGCUGGAUGAGCAAGAGUUUUAUGCCGAGGCAAAUAUUUUUAUAUUAAUGUGUGAUAAUUAUAUGACCAUCAUUUUUUUUUUAAACAUGAAGGAAAAAAAAUGAUUAUUAAUCAGAUUUAUCUGGAAAUUAGUAUUAAAUUAAUUAUCACAGCAAAUGAACCAGCAGGUGACUUGUUGGGUGUGUUUAAGCACAAGCAAUACAAUAAAAUAAACACAAAUCCAAGCAGUUGGAUAGAUGGAACUCAUCAAUUUAAUGGUUCAGGCUAUGGGAUUAAAAUUCAGACAGAGAAAUGGGAGAUGGAGUCCCACAGGAGGACUGCUAUUGAACUCAAUAAUUUUCUGAAAAUUCAAACAAUUUAUUUGUAUUCUCCAUUUAAAAAGAACCUUACCCAGGUUUUGUAGCUUUGCUACAUAGUCUCAGCACUAUUACACAAUUGUCUCUUAGAGAGGGAAAGAUGCACACACACAGUGGCAAGGAAAAGGGUGCCAUCCUGGGCGGCGCUUUUUUCUAUAUAAAUAGAGAGUGGCAUUUUCGACAAACUGCAGAGUUUUUGUCAUGGUAGGAGACAGCAAAAUUCUCUCCCCACCCAGGGUGAUAAUGAUGAUGAUGAUUGAGUACUUAUAUAGCGCUUGUGUCCAUGCUAUUUUAGCAUGCUCACAGUGCUCUGAUGUCCUACAAUCUAUUUUUUUUUAAAUAUCUUUAAAUGGUUCUUAAUUGACUUUUAAUCAUUUUCAAUGUCCCUCAAAGAUGGAGGCAAACUGUUCCACAAUUUAGGCACAAUAGCUUCAAAAGAGCUCACUCCUUAUGACUUCUUUCUGCGUCCAUCCACCCUGGACAGUAAGGACUGUGUUGAAGAGCGCAGUAUCUUUAUGGAUACAUGUUUAGAAAUCAGUAACCACUGCACACAGAUAAAAAUUAUAACUAUAAAGGCUUUCUGAAAUUGAAAUACACUUUCUGAAAAUAAUUAUUUAACCGGCACUUCCAGAUGAGAGAGAAUCACAGGCAGAAAGAAAAGGCUAUUGCUGACUUCACAGACUUUGUGGCAAGGACCUCCAAUUUCAAACAUUUGAAGGUACAUCUUACUUACUUAUGCUAGAUAGCAGAAAAGCAGCCUAUUUCUCUUUAUUCUUUUUAACUAAACAUUGAUACUACAUAUUUUUUAAAGUGGCCAACUGCUUAAUAGAAAUAAAUUGUCUCUAUAUUAAAGCUAUACACAACAGCAAUGCUUCAAACAAUGUUUUCAGACAAUAUCUUGUUGGGAUGUAAAACAUUCCACAGUGAUUUUGUUAAGUCAUCCUUGUUAAAAUGAGUGAAUUAGUUUAAAAAUCACUAAAUUUUAAGAGAUUUAAAGCGUUUAAAUGUAUGAAGAUUAGUCUUCAGCAAUAGGUGGGAGGGGGGCACCACAUGACGCUCUCCCAGGGUGAUAACACCCAAUGAAAAAUUAGACAGAGCUUGCUGGGAUUGGUUUCAUCACAUAUCUAAGUUAAAUACAUAAGCAGGGUGGCACCAGAACACAGUGCCAUAACAGAGCAUGGUGCCACCAGAACACAGUGCCAUAAACAGAACACGGUGCCAGCAAAACACAGUGCCAUAAACAGAACACAGUGCCACCAGAACACAUUGCCAUAACACAGUGGUUCUCAACCUGUGGGUCACGACCCCAUUGAGGGUCGAAUGACCCUUUCAGAGGGGUCGCCUAAGAACAUCGGAAAACACAUUACCCAACAGUUAUGAAGGAGCAACGAUGAAAAAAAAAUUUGGUUAAGGGUCGCCACAACAUGAGGCACUGUGUUAAAGGGUCGCGACAUUAGAAAAGUUGAGAACCCCUGCCAUAACAGAACAUGGUGCCACCAGAACACAGUGGCACCAGAACACAGUGCCAUAAACAGAACACAGUGCCACCAGAACACAGUGUUAUCAGAACACAGUGGCACCAGAACACAGUGCCAUAAACAGAACACGGUGCCACCAGAACAUAGUGGCACCAGAACACAAGAAUAUGCUGCCACAAGAUCUUCAUCUGUGUUUUCCAAUAAGAUCAGUAACGUAGCUUUAGUUUGUGACACCCGAAACAUCAAUGCUCAUUAUAUACCAUUGUUUUAAAUUACCAGGUAACUGCAAAAUUUGAAUGGCUAUUUCACGUCUCUGUAUUGUUUGUAUGGUAAUUAUAAAUGCCUUUGUUGCAUAUGUUCAAUCUUUUGCCCAACGCUCAAGGGUCUCCGGCCCAUGCUUAUCUAUAUUAAUAAACAGUUUUAACCUAUCAAAAACGCAAAUUUAACCAUGGUCACCAAUUUAGAUUGUGCCCAGAGCUCUCAGGCCUUCAUGCGUUAUUGCAAGAAAAAAUUUACUGUUUUUAUUUUAUUAUAUUUACAGCAGUGUAUUUUGUAUUUACCAUAAUGCUAUGUCUGGGCAUCACCUGUAACAGUGCAUACUGGGCAUAAAUAAUACAAACUUUGACAGUAAUAGUUCAAAACUGGCUAGAAUAUAAGAGUUUUUUCAAAUCCAUCAAUAAUCUUUUCACCUGUAAUUUUAUUAAAUAUGUCUUUCAUAUCUUUUGCAUCCUGUCUGUGAUUUCACGUUUCUCUGCUACCUUUAAUUUUGGGCUGAUAUUUUAUUAUGUUAAUAUUACUCAAAUGAACCUGCAGACUAAAGGCUUAACUCUUGGCCAAGGUAGAAGCAGUGCCGGAUUAAGACCUGCAGGAUUUUAAAAUAGGGGCUUAAAUUAUUCUAUAAAUUAUCGAUGUGUGUUGUGACACAACGAGUUAACUGUGCACCAGAGGACACAAUGAGUUAACUGUGCACCAGGUGACACCAACCCUUGUGAUGCAUCUGUUCAGCAGUAAGAUUAAAUUAAGAAUUAUAUACUUUAUUAAAACUAGUUGCAUUUCUCUUUGUUUAAUUAGUCUGCCAAAGAAAAACAAGAAAUUUCAAUUGAUGCUUCAAGACUGCAACCAAGAUUCAAGAGCAAGUAAGCCACCUCUUAAGUUUGUCAUACUAUAAUUUAGUAUACAUACUGUAUAUACUCAUUCAUAAGCAGGCUUUUUUGUGAAUAUUUCAGGGGAAUAAGUUUCUCUCCUGGUACCAUACUUUCUAUCACCCACUGCAGAAAACAAUGAAGAAAAUAGUAAUUAACAGAAGGCAACAUAAUGCUGUGUACAAAAUGGGGUCACAUGUUUUGUAAUCAAUUUGUAAUUGCAAUGAUUGGCUAAAUUUAGAUUACCGGUACAUUGAAGUAACUACACUGAAUUAAAAAAAUUUUAUUGUAGAUACCGGUAGCAGAAGUUUCUUUUGUUUGAAAUGUUUAGUAUGAUUACUGUAAAUGGCGGUAUUCCGACAACUCCGGCAAUGUGGAACGCAUAAGGUCACAGUGAGGUACAAGAGACACUUCUGGUCAUCUACUGCAUCCAGGUCUGUGUCCAGUCGUCUUGACUAAAUCUUGCCAUUAGUUCAAAUAGGCGAGGAUGAGAGAGUGAGACUAACGAAUUAAGCAACUCUCCCUCACUUUUAACAAAGUACAGCUCAAGUCAAGGGUACUACUCAAGACAAAGCCUUGGUCAUCUUGGCACACGAAGGAUGAACAAUAAAAUAAUAUGGUGCAUGGGAACCGAGCAUCUGUGUUAUAGUAGUUGUACUAAUAUUAUUAAUAUUGUUUGUUUAUACGUUUUUAAGACUUUUACUUUUAACUUACACAAUAAUUAUUUUUUAAAGUUUUUUUUUAAACAAAAUAUUUUCUUAAGUUGCCUAUAGUAUUGCCUAUACGGCAUAUUAUUUUAUGAGGUCGGCUUAUGACCGUGUCUCGCACAUUUCAGGUUUUCGCCUGGCCAAAACUAAGGGGGUCAGCGUAUGAACGAACAGGAUUAUGAACUUUUACUAUUGCCAUCAUGAUUUGAUACAGAUAAUUUGCACUAUUUUGUAGACUGCUUUUUCAUUGGUAUUUAAUUUCUAAUAAAAGUUGCGCCCAGGGCAAAGCCUGAAUUUUGGUGUUCUUUUCCCAGAAAAGAUUAUAUUUAUACACUUUACUUGAAAAAUUAUAAUUGAGGCCCCCACUCCGGAGAUAUGCCUGAAAGAAACACUGAUUGCUAGUUCAUAAAUUCAAAAGCUAUUCCUUUGGAAGGGUAACUUUGAUUAAGUUUAUAUAUAUAUAUAUAGAUAAAGAAUUAUUGAUGAGAAAAGCAAAGCACAGCUCGAUUGAAUCCUAACAAGAUAAACCUUAACAUUUUUAGAAAUAAUUUAAAUUAUGACUACUUUCCAAUCACCAGGGAGCACUUCCAUGAAACCGGCUUACCAAACCUGAUGAUAACAGCAUAUAGCGGGAAACAUGUGACAAUUAUGGAAAACGCUGUUCCUGAGAUCAAGAAUGAUUUAUGUUUAGACGCGCUUCGCCUUGCACCGGUUAAACCUAAUUCAAUGAUGACAUCACAAGGCAUUUUCAAACAUCUUACCAUCUAGACCUGACGUCUUUAAAACUAUAUACUAAGAAUCUUAGUAAGAUAGGUUUUGAAAAUGUGUUUAGAAUUGUCUUUCGCAUUUUAGAACAUAACUUUGUUAAUAUUAUCUUUAAGUAAUGAAAUGAAAGGGCAACUAAUGUAACAACCUUAGCUAUUCAAUGGAUUUUUUUUUAAAUUUGAAAUUCAACCAAAUCAUUUUUGUUUGUUAAUUUGUGAGUAAGGAAAAAUUAUACUUCAUAAGAUUGAAUCUUUUUUUUUUUAAACCGGAGUGCCCCUCUCUGAUUCAUACAUGUGUUGUCAGCUAAUAUCGCUGCAAACUGAGUAGAUCAUGCAAUAAUGUUUAGGG